AUGCCGGGACCCAAGCCAGGCCAGAAGACGGUGCUCGUCACCGGCUGCACGCCAGGCGGCAUCGGCCAUGGUCUCUGUCUCGAAUAUCACCGACUAGGCCUACAUGUCAUCGCUACAGCCCGGAGACCAGAAGUACUGGCUGAGAUGGCGGAAAUGGGCAUGAGCACCGUGGCUCUAGACGUCACAGAUGCUGAGAGCAUCAAGCGAUGCCACGAGGAAGUCGCCAAGAUCAACGGGGGCAAGUUGGACAUUCUGGUCAACAACGCGGGGCGUACGCAUACCCACCCGGCGACCGACAUAUCGCUCCCCGAUGUCCGAACGACCUUCGAGACGAAUGUGUUCGCGAUCAUGGCCAUGGUGCAGGCCUUCGUAGACCAGCUGAUCGCAGCCAAGGGCCUGGUCAUCAACAUCUCGUCGCUAUCGUCCGUGACGCCGUACCUCUUCGGGUCCGUCUACUGCGCCAGUAAGGCCGCCGUCGCCGCCUACUCCCGCACCCUGCGCUUCGAGCUCGCCCCCUUCGGCGUGCGCGUCAUGGUAUCCAUGACCGGCGCCGUCAAGAGCAACACGGCGAGCCAUGGCCACCGCGUCAUCCCCGAGGACAGUCUUUACCGCAAAGCAGAGGAGAUAUUCCAGUGGCGACUCAUGUUCAGUCAGAGCAACAGCACCAUGGACACCACCAAGUUCGCCCAGAGGCUGGUCACCGACUCGCUGCGGUCCGAGUGGCCCGUGUGGCUGUGCAGCUGGUUCGGGCGCCCCGACUGGCUCUGGGCUGGCGGCCUGUCGAGCAAGGUGUGGUGGGGCAGUUCGUUCGGCGAGUGGGUCGUCGAUGCUACGUGUUGGCGGACAUUCCGCAUGUCGCAGCUCACGCAGCUCGUCCAGGAGGAUAUCAUGCAGAAGAAAUUGAACUGA